AUGAUAUCAGCCGAAGGCGUGACACAGGAGUCGACCCGACGGUUGGCCACGAAGAAGCAGACGUUAGACGACGCGUACGCCAUUCCCGCCAACUUCUUGGAGAUCGAUGUCGUCAACCCUAUCACCCACGGAAUCGCUAGGAAUAGAUACACCGAUUACGAAGUCCGCAUGAGAAGCAAUCUACCGGUUUUUAAGCUGAAGGAGUCGAGCGUCAGGCGAAGGUAUAGCGACUUCGAGUGGUUGCGGAGCGAACUGGAGAGGGACUCGAAGAUAGUGGUGCCGCCGCUGCCCGGGAAGGCCUGGAAGCGACAGAUGCCGUUCCGCAACGACGAGGGCAUCUUCGAGGAGGACUUCAUCGAGGAGCGCCGUAAGGGUUUGGAGCAGUUCAUCAACAAAGUGGCCGGACAUCCGUUGGCCCAGAACGAGCGGUGUCUGCAUAUGUUCCUCCAGGAGCCCGUCAUCGACAAGAGCUACGUGCCCGGCAAGAUCCGCAACACGUAG